AUGUCUACAUCAACUCCAAAUGCGCGUGGUCGCCGGUCACCGUUUACCCCGGUUGGAGAGAGCAAGCUAACAGGACUUCAACGUCUUCCUGGACACACACGCUACCCGCUGACACCCAGUCGGCUGGUGACUGCUGCCACCCCGGGCACUCAGCGGUCAGCCUCUCGUUUCACGCCUCGCUCCAGGGCCGCUGGGGCACCUUCUACACCCCAUGGACUCCGGGCCCGCCAACAGCGUGCCGCAAAUACCCCGGGUCGAGAUCGCCGACGUAGCGGUCGUGCGCAGCGAGAGACGACCUUUGACAUUCUUAGGAAUCUCGGGAGAGCACUCGCCCCUGUAUCUCAGCCCAUUCAAUCUUCACCUCAGGAACAGCCAGAACCCGUCGAGGAGCCCCUCGAUGAAUUUGAACAGCUCGACAACGAACCACUCGUUGAGCCCCCGCGACUGUCCCUUCCUAUACAGGGAUCCUCCUCAGGAGAUGAUGAAACAAGUCCAGAGAUGCGCCCACCGAGGAUGUCCCUCGCGCUCGGGGAGGACGACAUGGAUAUGACUUAUCAGUCCGUCGAAUACCCCCGCCGAGAGACGAGCAUCAGAGACCGCGAGCGUCUGUCGAUGAUGAGUCGGGCUGGCAGAAUCAGCGGCGACUUUGAGGAAACACGCCUCGAGAGCGACGAUGCAGAGGAGACCGGACUCAUUGUCGAAGACGAGGAAGCUACAAUGAUGAGUGGCGGGGAUUUCGAUCGAGGGGGAGAGACGGAAGACCUUGGUCGGUUCCACUUUGACCUCAACUUCCCAUCUCCUGUCGCAGCUCCGCUGGAUGAUCCCAUUGAUGGGGGUGACGAUAUGGAAGACUUUGCGCUGUCGACUGCAGAUGUCCAGCCGGCUCCAGUUGAAUCGGACGAUGAUGACGUUGGUGGUGAUUUCGGGUUUGGAAUCGAUUUCCCACCCGCGGCGGCGUCUCCCAGUGAAAGCCCUGGACUUGUGGGAGGAGGGCUACGAGACCAGGAGGCACCGACUCAGGGCAAAGAGAAGAAGAUCUCACGCCAUGGAAUCCCCGUUCCAAAUCUGCCAGCAGGCGUAGUCAAAAAGCUAGCCACUCGCUUUGCGCGUUCCAAAGCCGGCUCCAAAGCGAAGAUCAACAAGGCCACGCUGGCUGCGAUUGAACAGGCAUCAUCGUGGUACUUUGAACAGGCGAGCCAGGACCUGGCUGCGUAUUCGAAACACGCAGGACGUAAGACUAUUGACGAGAGCGAUGUCAUCACAUUGUUGAAAAGACAACGUCACAUCAACAAGUCGACGACAGUGUUUUCUCUUGCCCAGAAACAUCUACCCAAGGAGCUUCAGCAGGACAUGAGAUUGGCCAUGCCGCCAUGA